GAUUAGAACUGCUGAUUUGCUCUCAUUCGUCUCUACAGAGUCUAAAAGUAAACUCGGAGAAGAGCUGUUAAAAACGCUGCUGUCAAAUUGGGAAGUGUUUGAGACGAGCAGUCUCAUGUCACCUGACCACAAGAUACAGUUGGUGGAGAUAGUGAGUCUGAUGAGUGGUGUCGUGGAGAAGACCCUGUUGUCGGAGACACAGUUCUUGAGAACAAUCUACACUCUGUUACUCGACAAGACCAGCUCGAACAAACACAAAAUUGACCUCAUUAACGUCAUGAAGGGCCUGAAGCUGGAGGAGCAGACCGCCUCCCUGCGCCCAGUGUUGGAGGAGUUCAGGACAGGUCACCUCCCUCUACUCUCAACUCAGUUCACUGCGGGGAGUAUGGAGCACCGGGACUAUACCAGUCUGGUUAACUGCCUCUGUGAUGCUGCCAGUGCUACUGUAGCUACCCCUCUUAUUUCGGUGGCUACAAAAGUGGUAUGUUCUGAAGACCUCCACCCCUGUGAUGCUGCAUACCAAGCCAUGAUAUCCCAAAUAGCCACUCGGCUUAGCUCCCACAACUACUCCCAAACAACUGGUCACCUCCUACAGGCUGUCCUUCAGAAAGGAAGAGUUUGCAGGAAGGGCAUGAUACCGUUACUAAAGAAAGUUAACAAAUUAGUCCUGAUCCGUUUUACAGAGGAACACUGGCCUGACUUCUCCAAACAUCUCGAUGUUGAUGCUGCUUGUGGGUACACUGUAACGGAGAGCGUGUGUGAUAUGCUCCAGAUAUUCCUGACCCGGACAGUUCCUUCGGAUACUACUACUGAUAUAAGCAAGGACAUCAUCAGGAAUUCAGCUAAAGUGCGGGAAGUAAGUAAGUUUGGAGUGGCGGAGGACAAGUUAGCUGGGUGGUACUCACGGAAUCAAAGCCUCUACAGUCUCCUGUCAAGUGCACUCCUACAUUGUGACAAGGAAUACAAGUUUUUUGACGGUUUGGUUCUAAGUGAGAAGGGGAAUAAGAAAGUGUGGAGCAACGUUUUUCCGGAUACCUUACCUGCCGUGCUAGCCCUGGAAAAAUCCUAUGGCGAACAGAGAGAAUCUCAGGCAGCGGGUGAGGACAGUUCAAGUGAGAGUGCAGGAAGUUUCACGCUACUCUUCGAGAGUUCACUCAGUCAGGAUGUUACUCAGUACUCUCAAAAUCCUGCUCUAACCAAAACUCAAGUGCAAGAAUCGAGCACUACCGCUUCCGAGAGCUCACAGCCAAGUAACAGCAGUGAUCCACUCUACUGCUCCCUGGGGAGAGUGUUCCAGAAAUUCGUGGACAAACAGGCCUUCCUUCAACGUUUCUCAGGAAUAUUAACCGACGUGAUGAUAGAAAACAAUGUGAAAGUGUUGCUAUCCCGAGUUCUACUGAGUACGGGUGAUACUCUGCUCCCUCACCUGGGCAGCAUCUCUGAAGUGUGGGUGGGGUGGCUUGUGUCACGUGGUGUGGUGGAUAACCUGACAGAGGAGGUACUGCAGAUCUGCUUCAACCACCAGAUUAUUAUCAAUGACAGGAUGACGUGUUCAGAUCUCCUGGUGCUCCUGCUAACUCAGUGCACUGUAGACACCCCCAUCUCUAACGACCUAAUAGGUCUCUCCAGCCACCUCCUCUCGGUGUGGUCCUGCUCUCCCAUAGACAUCAGUGUCUUCUCCCCCCACCUCCUCCUCACCAACAGCACUACCAGUAAGAACGCCUGCAGAUCCCUCAAACUCCUCCUCGACUCCUCCUGUGUCCUGAUGUGUGGAGACAAACUGUUUGACCCUCUGAUCCAGCUAGUGAAGAUGUCUCAGAAGAAGGUGUACGGACCAGCUGCAGUUGUGCUGGGACUGCUGCUCUCCUGGAUCAAGCGCAACUGUGCUCAACUCUACCCGGAGUCUGUUAACUUGUUGAAUGAUCUGUGUCUUGCUCUCUUCAGGGACCAGGUCCAGCUCCUUAAGUUCAUAUCUGUAGUUCAUGCUGUUAGUAAAGGUCACUCGGAAACAGCUACGCGCUUUCAAGGACAACUAAUGGAUAAUCUGAGCAGGAUAUACGGGAAACCCAAGUCACUUGUGAUAGAGACCCUGAGUAUGUCGGGGGAGGAGAGAAGUGUGGUGGUGGCUCUAGAGAAGAGUGGACUGGAGAAACUGAUGAGAGAUACUGAUAUUCAGAUUACAGUGGCUAAUGCUCUUAUCAAAUCAGCUGACUCCAUCAGCAGUGAUCAGAUGUUAUCUAUUUUGGAGGACAUGAAGAAAAUCAUCGGCACUUCAGGAGAAGAAUGUAAAAAAUUGCUCCUAAGCUUCACUAUCAAGUGUUAUGAAAAGUCCUCAAACACGAUCAUCACAGAAAAUUGCAUUCCCAUCCUUAUUCGAGCUGUUUGUGACAAAGACCUCCGCCAGAUUGCAGUAGAAUUUUGGUACUCAACUUUGCCAACUACUGUUAAAAACCGUUUCGAGAAGCUUGUGUCACUCUACUCCUUUGAGGUUGAUGACGUUUUCCUGAGAUCUGUUGCAAUAAUUCUUUUAUCACUCGGUGAAUUAUCCUCAUCAUAUCAAAGCCCACUUUAUCUCAAGCCUCUAGCAACAGACCUAUCAUGGCAAGAUCAGGAUAUAUCUGGUACAUUUAACUUUGAACAAAAGCAGCGAGGCAAAGUUCGGGCCACUCAGAAAGUUUUCCAGUUUUCUCAGACACAAGCCGACCAGUUCAGUCGUGGUCACAACACAAAAUCUGUGAUGCAGACUCCCAGAGGAUUCCUAUCACGAGGAUCUGGUGGGUCUCAGAGGGCAUUGUCCUACAGCGAGUUAACUACAGCAAGGAUGAGAGCUGAGAGACGUCAGCAGUCUCAGCAAGCUCGCAGCAAGGCUAUCCAUCUAGUGAGGAAUUACCGAGCUGGAGAGCUCCCUGACAUUCAGAUCACCUACCAAGAUCUGAUCAGACCUAUGGGUGCUAUCGCUAACAUCUCUGAGAAAUUCGCUUCCUUUACCCUACAAGCUCUUCUGGAAGAUGAAGAUAAACUUGAUCUACAGGGCGGUAUUUUAUUGAUCUUGAGAACAACCUCUAACCAGGGUCUCGCGAAGUUCUGUAUUGAACUUUGUGUCAAGCAGUCCUACGUUGCUGAUGAUGCUGCCUCUCUUGCUAUUCGUCACCAUCAGUAUAGCUUGGGAGUCCUCUGGACUGAGGAAGCAAUCACUAAAUGUGGUAAAGAUGAGAGGGGUUGGGGUGAGCUGUGCAGCAUAUACGGAGCAAUCGGGGAUCACGAUGCUAUACUCGGCAUCAGGAAACACGAGAUGAGUACAGAACCAGGAUUGCUAGAAGCUAUCACAGCAAUGUCUCUAAAGAACUUUAGUUUAGCUGCUCAGAGAUUCAAGGAUCUUGGCGGUCCACCUCAAACUGAUAUGCUGGACUGCAUGUUAAACCUAUGUCAGUGGAAUGAGUUGGAUGAUCACCUAGAGGAUCUUCCACCCUCUUCCUUCUCCGCUCGAAUCCAACUAUCCAGCAUGUCCCACGCUACUGAAACCUUCUCACUGGCCGAACUAGAAAAUAUUGCCACCAAGUUUGAGGGACAUCUUCAAGUUGAUACUCACGGCAUACUGGCAUUGCUUUUCCACUUAAAGGAAAAUGACGACAAAGCUCUGGCUCAAAUUUACAAGGGUGUUCAGAGUUUCCUGGCAGAAUGGAGAGUCUCUCAACAGAAUGUCCAGAAGAAGAACACCCUACAUCCAUGUCAAGCACUAGCUGAACUGUACGACCUGGUUCACAACGGUUCCCAGCUUGCUUCACACUGGAGUUCGUGCUACCCUGAGGAUAUCUCAACUCCCUUCACUAUUUGGCAGUGUUUGCUGAACCAACGCAGACUGCUCCCUGGUAACACUUCUGACGAAAUGGACAACUCCUGCUCUUAUACCGAGUCUGACUCUCUGAUGGAGGAUCGUACUGGUGGAGAUAACAAGUACGGGCUAAUAUUCGCUGCUGUCCAAUCUGCUCUUAAACAAAACAGUGCUAGUAUUGCAAAGAGACUGGUUCAACAGAUUGAUGUGAACGAGCUGUAUGGUGAGGAUCUGAUCAAGUACUACGGGAUCGGAACUGAGGUGGUUAUUAGGAGUGUUGAGGAAGCUAAUUCCACUGUAUCUGAGAAUAUCUCGAGACUGGAAGGAAUGUUGGGAAUGCUCGAUGAGGAGCAGUUUGUAUCCAGUGCACGGUUGAAGCUCAAGAUGGCACAGUUGCUCUUUAAGAACCAGUCUGUAAGUCGUCAUGAACCUGGUGUCCUGUAUGCUGAGGGAAUGGAAACACUUACUCGGAUUGACUGUUCCACUUUCAACGAAAACAGUGUUAAAAACUACGAUGUUGUCAUAGAGAUGCUCUCUUCCGAGAUACAGAAACCAACCUUAGCACUUAUUGAUAGUCAACAAUCUGAUAUAAAGCUUGUCUUUCAGAACGUCACUCUGACUGCUAUGAGGUAUAAUAGCAGAAAAGCGAGACUGAUGUUCCCUUACGUCUUGCAAUCUAUCAGUGGAGAGCAAGCCAAGUCUGACUUCCUUAAAAAGUGUUCUGAGAUACCGUCGUGGAUGUUUAUAGAAUGGUUAUCUCAACUAUUGGCGUUUGUCCCCACUCCUCUUGGCAAUGCAGCUGUUCAAGUAUUGAAGAUCAUAGCGCUGGACUAUCCUCAUGCUUUGUCUUAUUCUUGGAGGGUAAGCCUAGAGGAUUGGAAGGAUCUAGAGGGAGAGGUAAACUCAGUUGUUAGCGAGAUAAGUGGGUUAGUGACAAGUGAGGACUUAAAUCCGUUUCUCGAAGCUCUGGCAACUCUGACUCCCCCUGUAAUGCUGCUGAAAGAUCUGAUCGAGGAGAUGGCAGUAAAGGCGAACAAGGGCUCUCAAAACAGUUAUCUGGACAAAAUAACGGAGAAAUUGUUUUGUAAGAAUUCGUUGUCAGACAUCAGAAACUCCUUCGCUGCCAAACACAAACAAUCCUGGAGCUCACUCGUCAGCAAGUUGAACAAGGUUGACGUAAAGAAGAAAGUGGAGGAAUUGAAAAAAUAUCAACAAAAAGUAGGAAUGGACGGAGAGAAACAGCCAGGAAAAAGGAAAAAAGGCCCCAAACUUUCCGAUUACUCGAAAUGGUUCACCAAGUACCAAGCUGGAUCCUUAGAGCUGCCAGGUCAGUACAGUGGGAUUGACAAACCUAACCCGUCGUACCACAAAAAGAUAGCUAAGUUCGAGGAAACGGUCACCGUUCUGGCUUCUCUCAGAAAGCCAGUUAAGAUAAAUAUUCUUCUGGACAACGGAAAAAAACGUAGCGUUCUGGUGAAGGGUGGUGAGGACUUGCGAACUGAUCAGAGAGUCAUGCAGUUACUGAAAGUGAUGGAUGACAAGUUGAGAACCACUCUGAAAGAUGCUUCCUUGCGAACAUACGAUGUUAUCCCUCUUACUAACAAUUUAGGAAUGAUAGCGUGGUUACCGAACACGACUACAAUUAAAAGUGUGUUAUUUGAUGAUACUGAUAAGCAUGUGGCUGAUAAAGUUAAAGCAGAACAUUACGCGUGGGUGAACAGAUUCGGGAGUAAGACAGAUAACAUUCCAGCUUGUUAUAAAAAGAUGUACCAGAGAUGCAGUUUAGAUGACGUUGUGCUCCAGAGUGAGAGACUCUCCGGUCAGAUCUCUCCCACUAAACUCAAAUCAGUUCUGGUUAAUCUCGCCAGAUCGCCUGACUCUUUCGUUUUACUUAGAAAGAAGUUUGUAUCUACGUAUGUGAGCAUGUGUUUAUGUCACUGGAUACUCGGAGUGGGAGACAGACAUCUUAACAACUACCUGCUGGACACUACCUCAGGGGAACUUAUUGGGAUUGACUUCGGUCACGUCUUCGGCACUGCCACCACGUUGCUGCCAGUACCAGAACUGCUCCCGUUUCGAGCAACACCACAGUUUACCGGAGUAUUUGCCCCGCUGGGAGUUGAAGCUGCUAUUAGGGGUCCCAUGACACGUGCACUUACUUCUCUUAGGGAGAUCAGAUCUGUUCUGUUCUGUCUGAUGGACGUGUUUGUUAGGGAGCCUACUCUGGACUGGUGUAAAUACUCAACAAAACAUUCCACUAAACAAGGUCAAGCUAGUGAAGACAGCUGGUAUCCAAAAGCAAAAGUAGAGACAGCACGCAAGAAACUGGAACUAGGCAAUCCUAGUGAGAUAUUACGGGACGAGCUCAAGGAAAAUGUUCAUGUCGGAAAGGAACAAGCGUUUAGUCACGUGGCUUUAGGAACAAGAAAGCUUCAUGCUCGUGCUAAGGUGGGAGCUGUAUGUGCAAGUGUGGAUGAACAGGUUAUGUGCCUGAUUGAGCUUGCUUCUGAUCCGAACGUGCUGGGCAGGCAAUACUUUGGACUUGAAACUUGGUUAUAAGUGCGCUUAUCAUAAGGUCAUACUGAGAUAGGUCCCUUAUUUAUAUUACUUAUUUAAGUAUUUAUAACGAAACGACAGACUAUACUGUACUGGUACAUGUAUCACUAGAAUAAUUUUAUUAUUUUAGUUGAAAGUUAUCUCAUAUCUAGUAAGCCUUGGUGGCUUCAUGAUAAUAUAUUGUCAAAGUUGAUCCUAAUGAAUGUUGAUGAUAUUAAUGUUUAUGACUAUCAUUUUCUUAUUUUUCAUAAAUAGUUAAGAUUUUAGUUUUCAGUUUUCACGCCUUGAUUAGGUAGUUAUUUGUACAUUUAUUUUUAGAUGUUUUAUUUUAUUAUUUCUUAUGAUAUUAACUUAUACCAGCUCGACAGUCCCAAUCUUAUCUAGCCCACCAAGACCAUGCCACAUGUGCACGCGUCCAUUCAAUGAGAGUUAAGACGUAAAAUUUGGUCCUUCAAAUAUUAUAAUCUUGGUACCAAAAGUUGCGUCUGAUCAAGCUAAUUACGAUCCUGUAAAAAUUAUUUCAAAAUAUUCGAUAUUUUAGGAGUUACAGGCAUUUUAAGCAAGAAAUUACUCAUUUUUCGUCCUUUUUACACACUUGUAACGUACAGGAGGCCCACAUACAGCUCGUCCUUAUCGUGCCGCACAGUGAAUUUGAUUUUGCAUUAUUCACACUUAGAUUUUAAAGGCUUUUGGUACCAAAUUUCUCAAAAUCGGAGACAAAAAAUUCGGUGCCAACUCAUGGCGCUUAUUAAUAUUACAUAGCACAUAGACUAACAAGUUUGAAGUUAUAUUAACAAAGUUACAAAACCUACAGUUACACUGAAUAAACAUUUACAUAUUGGCCAAAGUUACUGGUUACGUUACAUGUUAAAAAAAGGAAGCUAACGUUUGGCAACGUUUCAACGGGACCGGUAGCGGUAGCAUUUGACAUACCCGUUCACUGUUGGGAAUUACUAACGCCAACGGGUGAAACCUUAUGUCUUACAAUAUUUGUUCCAAGACUGACAACGAGUCCAACUCGGCGCACGUCUUGGUUUGUUAUACAAGGGAAUUACUAUUAGUUAAAUAAAGUUGGUAGUUAAAUGUUUAAUAGUUCAUACGUAUUGUCUUAUUAUAUUUAUAUGUAUCAUGUAUAUCCAUUUGUGAUUUUAAGUAUAUUGGAUUCACUAAAUUUAAUCAAUCUGCA